GGUAGCAACCUCUCUAUUGCUCCCAAGACUCCCCAGCCUCCCAGUCUCUCAGUUCCCUCUCCUUUUUGCUGUGUGUACCGAUGGAGCGCUCUCGGAGGAUGCUCCCGGCCAUCCUCCUGCUUGUGCUGAUUGUCGUUGCCUCUGAGAUGGCAACGAUGAUGGUGGAGGCAAGAACAUGCGAGUCGCAGAGCCACAAGUUUAAGGGACCAUGUCUACGGGCUAGCAACUGUGCAAACGUCUGCAAAACGGAGGGCUUCCAUGGAGGGAAGUGUCGGGGCUUCCGCCGCCGCUGCUUCUGCACCAAACAUUGUUGAUGAAUGGCCUCCUCAUAUAAGUAGCAUGGUUGUGCUGGUCAGGAUAAUUUUGCUGUCAGAUUUUGGUGUAUCUUGAGAAUAACUAGCAUUGGAGUUGUCUGUCUUUGAUGCCAAAGAGUUACCUGCUCUGUUUAUGAUAUUUAUGUUCUCUGAGUCCUCCUUGUACAUCAUGCAGAAAAAUCUGUCUCAAUAAAGUUCAAGUGGUUGUUGGGUGAUCACUCUA